UACCUCCGAAGUCCAAAACCUUAAAACAGUUCUCACUCUCUCUAUCCCUCAUCAUCACCACCACUUCUAAAGAGAAGAAAAAACCUAAUUUUGACUUCACAAAUUCCCUCCAAAGUUAACAACUUUAAUAGUUGAGCUUCAUUAAUGGAUCCUCUCUCUGCUCUAAGAGACUUCACAAUCCGAGGUGAGUUAGAUAAAAUCGUUAAAGUUAAUGAUGAGUUUAGAUUUGGUAAAGAUUAUUCAUUCCCAUGUUCAGCUGAAACUGCAUAUAGAUCUAAACAAGGUAAUCUCUACACAAUUGAAACCCUAAUUUAUUACGUCAAGAACCAUCAUAUUAAACAUACAGAAUAUCUCCAAAACGCUCGUAUACAAAAGAUUCCAUCAGUAACAUUACCUGAUCGAAAACCCUUACUUGAAUAUCUUCAAGGUAAGGUUUUAUCUAAUGAUGCUAUUGAAUUUGUUGUACCUCAACACCCUAAAGUUGAUUCUGUACCGUUUGAUAUCGAAGAAUAUAGACCUGAUGAUCCUGGUAUGUUGCGCGGGGAUGCACAGAUGGGGGGUGAUGUAGAGGAUGAUAAAACUAGGGUUCAUGAGAAAAUCGAUUAUGUUGAGAAAAUUAGGAGUAUGGAGAGACCUUUGAAAGAUAGGGAAUUGUUAUUGGAAUGUAGACAGAGGGACUUUUAUACUGUCCUUGUUGCGUCUACUAGACGGGAAGAAGAGAGGCAACGGUUGGAGUCCCAGCAGCGGAAAGAUGGGUUAGUUGCGAAGAGUAGGUUAAUGGGUUCAGAUGAUAGAGGGUUUUGGAAAGAUGGGGAGGAUGCAGGGUUUGAUUCAAAUUCGAAGCCGAAAAUGCAUAUGAAGGGGAGUAAGAUUGGGGAAGGAGUGCCGAUUAUAUUGGUGCCUAGUGCUUCACAAACUCUGAUUACGAUUUAUAAUGUGAAGGAAUUUUUGGAGGAUGGAGUAUUUAUACCGACGGAUGUUAAAAUAAAACAGAUGCAAGGUGCAAAACCGGAUUGUAUUACGGUGCAGAAGAAGUUUAGUAGAGAUCGGGUGGUGACUGCUUAUGAGGUGCGAGAUAAGCCUUCAGCUUUGAAGGCGGAGGAUUGGGAUAGAGUGGUUGCUGUUUUUGUAUUGGGUAAGGAAUGGCAGUUCAAGGAUUGGCCUUUUAAGGAUCAUGUGGAGAUUUUCAACAAAAUUAUUGGAUUUUUCUUGCGGUUUGAAGACGACAGCAUUGAAUCUGCAAAGAUUGUGAAACAGUGGAAUGUGAAAAUUAUCUCGAUUAGCAAGAACAAAAGACACCAAGACAAAACAGCAGCUCUAGAAGUUUGGGGAAAGCUGGAGGAAUUCGUACGCUCACGAUCACAUAACUGAGGUUUUCCAAACUGCAAUAGAGAGAGAAUCAAUUGGAAGAUGUUCACAGCCGAGUGAAAAUUUUAACCUUGCUAUGUUGUUAAGACAUAUGUUGACAUUCACUUAGGCAAGCACAUCGAAGCUGAAGACGUGUCUACUGAACUGAACUGCUGCAACUAGCAAGUGUAACUGGUGGUUUGAGAAUGUACAUCUCGUCGAUGCAUAUGUAUGCUGUAAAAGUGGUAUAGUAAUUAUGCUGGUGAGGAGUGAUUUUGCCUUUUGCUUUGCAAUAUUUUUACGUGUUAGACAUUUCUCCUCAAUUAGUCAGUGAUUUAGAGUAUAUUAAUUUUGCAUCGACUAGAUUGUAUGCAUGCUCAUGUCUGAGUGUAACAUUUGUGCUUGGAGUCCUUUUCCUGUCAAUGGACAGAGAAUGUAUUCAAGACAAAACUGCUUUUAUUGUAAUAGAUCAGACCAAAGAGUCUUCACGGUUCA